AUGGCGGGCGUGAAGGCUCUGGAGGGCAGCCCCAGGAAGAAGCCUGAUGCCAAGGCGCUGAAGAACUCCGUGGUCACAGAUCCUGCCCUGGGAGGCGGCGAUGAUGCUCAGAGGCAUCUCUUGGCAGCUCCAGACUCCCUGCAGCAGCUGGGCGCUCCAGAUCAGGCAGCAGCUAUGGACCAGAAAGCAAUCUCUCCUCCUCUCUCCCCCUCACCAGAGAAGGACCCCAGCAGCAAAUCCGCCAUUGCCAUCCAGUCAUGGUGGCGGGGGGUGCUCACCCGGCGAACGGUGCGCCAAGCGACGCUCUGCGUGCUGGUGAUCCAGAGGUGGUGGCGCCGGGUCUCAUUCUGGCAGCGGGAGGAGAGGCGGGUCACGGUGCUGGCAAUGUACGUGAGGCCCAUGAGAGCUACCGUCCUCCUGCAAUCACUGGUCAGGAUGUGGCGUGCAAGGAGCCAGUACAAGAAGUACCAGAGGGCAGUCCUGGUCAUCCAGAACAAGUGGCGGCACUACGCCUGCCGGAGAGAGGCUGCAGUGUUUGCAGGGAGCAGCCUGGCAGACGGGGGGGUGGACCUGAACAUUGAGAUUAUUGUGGGUUAA